GCGCGGCCCAUUUGGCCGGGCCAUCGUGCCCUCGGCGGGCUGCGCUGCUCGCGAGCGGAUCGGGGCCGGGCAUGCUGGGAUCCGCUCUGGGAACCGUCACCGCUGCCACCGCCACCGCCACCGCCGCCGCCGCCACCCGCUGGGCGAGUCUGAGGCGCGGAGAUGAAAUUCCCGGCCUCGGUGUUAGCGUCCCUGUUCCUGUUCGUGGCCGAGACCAUAGCGGCGCUCUACCUGAGCAGCACCUACCGAUCGGACGGGGAUCGCAUGUGGCAGGCGCUGACUUUGCUCUUCUCCCUGAUGCCCUGUGCUCUGGUGCAGUUCACGCUCCUCUUCGUCCACCGCGACCUCAGCCGCGAUCGCCCACUGGUGCUGCUGAUGCACCUGCUGCAGCUCGGGCCCCUGUACAGGUGUUUUGAAGUCUUUUGCCUCUACUGUCAGUCCAACCAGAAUGAAGAGCCUUAUGUGAGCAUCACUAAGAAACGGCAGAUGCCAAAAGAUGGCCUCUCCGAGGAGGUUGAGAAGGAGGUGGGCCAGGCAGAAGGCAAGAUGUUUACCCACCGUUCUGCCUUCAGUCGGGCAUCAGUGAUCCAGGCUUUCCUAGGCUCUGCCCCACAACUGACCCUACAGCUGUAUAUUACCGUCUUACAGCAGAGCAUCACUACUGGAAGAGGCGUCAUCAUGACCUUGUCCCUGUUGUCCAUUGUGUAUGGAGCCUUACGUUGCAACAUCUUAGCCAUCAAAAUCAAGUAUGAUGAGUAUGAGGUCAAAGUCAAACCCCUGGCCUAUAUCUGUAUCUUCCUAUGGAGAAGCUUUGAGAUUGCCACUCGGGUCAUCGUCCUGGUCCUCUUUACCUCUGUCCUGAAGAUCUGGGUGGUGGCAGUCAUACUUGUCAACUUCUUCAGCUUCUUCUUAUACCCUUGGAUCCUUUUCUGGUACAGUGGUUCCCCAUUCCCCGAGAACAUUGAGAAGGCCCUGAGCAGGGUGGGUACCACCAUCGUACUAUGCUUCUUCACGUUACUCUACGCUGGUAUCAACAUGUUCUGCUGGUCAGCUGUACAGCUCAAAAUCGACAGUCCUGACCUCAUCAGCAAAUCUCAGAAUUGGUACAGGCUGCUGAUUUACUAUAUGAUGAGAUUCAUCGAGAACUCUGUCCUCCUGCUCCUGUGGUAUUUUUUCAAAACUGACAUAUACAUGUAUGUGUGUGCGCCUCUGUUGAUUCUGCAGCUGCUGAUUGCGUACUGCACGGGCAUUCUUUUCAUGCUUGUGUUCUAUCAGUUUUUCCACCCUUGCAAAAAGCUCUUCUCUUCCAGUGUUUCUGAGAGCUUUAGGUCAUGUCUCAGGUGUGUCUGCUGGUCCCGGGUGAGAAGAAAAUCCACUGAGAUAGUAGUAAAGGCAGACACGGACUUAAAGUCACGCACGGAUCAAGACCAAGAUCAUAAUCAAGAUGUAACACCUUCUACCAGUAUGUUAAGUCCUGAGCCCACUGAGACAUGGAGUGCUGUUGAUCUGUGCUCUGCUUAAUGGAACCUGGGGCUUCUUACGAGAAAGGGAUAUUGUGUUCUGGGUUAAUAACUAUUCUUCAUACAAGUAAUGAGCCCUGCACAGGGAAUAAGGCAGGAAAUGAGCUGUCAACGCCUUGUGAGCUGCUGCCUUUUCUCGAGCUCUUUGUUUUGAGCCAGCUGUGGAGAGCACUAGGGAAGCAAGCCUACGACCCCACAGUUUGUUUCACAGUUGACUGUGUUAGGUUCUUGCAGAGGCCUUACUGGCCAUUUCAUUGACACAGUACUCCUGAAGUUUCAGUUGAGCUGGUCAUAUUCAUCGGGUAUAAUGAAGAGAAAUGCUUGUUUUCUACACUGUUGUCCCCGUAGCCUGAUGCUUUACUACUACUGAAUAUAGCUUUUAUACAAAGGUCACCGUGAGAGUUGGAAUAGGUUGCUAGGGAUUUUAUAACCUCAUUCUUACCAUAGCGUACAGGGAGAGCGGUUUGAGUUUGUUUUAUCAGUGUGUUCCAUUUUCACCUCAUUAAGACUUUUGGUACAUAACCAGCUGUAGCCACUCUGGCAUGCAAUCUUCAUCGGUUUCAAGGGCCUAGAUGUGGGGACUCUAUUCCCGAGGAGCUGUUGGCACAGUUACUUAGGAAAGCUGAGUUUCAUUCCAUAUGUUGAAGAAAUUAGGGAUCAGGAUGGACUGGAAGAGUUGUUAGAACAUCAAAAUGAUGGGAGUUUAUACAGAUAAAACUGUUAACUUCUCCAAAUGUCUGAAGAUAUGAAUUGGUUAGAAGGUAGGCUCAAUUCUCCUUAUAACUCAGUCCUGUCCUAUAAUUCUGGGAAAUUUCUAGAAGAAUUUGCUAAAAUUAAUAUUUUAAGGAAGAAGAAAAUAAAACUAAUAGUUUUCAUUCCUAUCACCUCCUUCUUCAUCUGCCAGGAAGUUUUGUUUUUGUU